AUGUCACAACAAUCAGCUGCUUCUUCAAUAAAAUACUCCCAUACUUUAUGGUCACCCUCAGAUACCAUUAGAGAUGUUGCUGAAGUUUUAGGAAUCUCUAAUCUUCCCGAUGAAGUGGCAAAAUCUCUUGCUAUGGAAGUCGAGUACCGUAUCCAUGAAGUGGUCGAACAAGCCGUCAAGUUUAUGCGCCACUCGCGGCGGACCCUGCUCACCACCGCAGAUAUUGGCAACGCGAUGCGGGUCAUGAACGUCGAGCCUCUCUACGGCUAUGAAACCACACGGUCCCUUAAUUACAAGGAGGCCAUGGUAGGCCCGGGCCAAACCCUGUACUACAUUGAUGAUGACGAUGUAGAUUUUGAAAAAAUCAUCAACCAACCUUUGCCCAAAAUCCCCCGCGCUACUAAUUUUACUGCCCACUGGCUUGCUAUUGAGGGAGUUCAGCCUGCUAUUCCACAAAAUCCAUUACCUUCAGAGGUCAAAGCCAUUCCUCCCCAAGUCCGCGGCUCUCAAGUUACCCAUUCAGUUUCAGCAUUGGCCUCUGAUGUUGAAAUCAAGCCCCUUGUCAAGCACGUCAUUUCCAAGGAACUCCAAAUCUACUUUGACAGAGUCGUCGAGGCUCUUCUCCAAGAAGAAUCAGAAUCAGAUAAUCCAUCUUCUCUCAGAAACAUUGCCCUCAACUCUUUACGCAAUGACCCAGGUUUACACCAACUUGUUCCAUACCUCGUCCAAUUUGUUCAAGAACAAAUCUCACAAAACUUAAAAUCUAGUCUUUCUAUUGUCUCCACAAUGCUUGAAGUUAUCCAUGCCAUGCUUCAAAACCCUAACAUCUUCAUUGAACCUUAUAUCCAUCAAAUCAUGCCCUGUCUCCUCACCCCGCUACUUUCAAAACGCGUUGGUGCUGAAUCCAAAUCCUCAGACUCAGAAACCUUGGAUGAGACUGCCCGCGAAAGUUAUGCUGUGAGAGAUUUUGCUGCGUCUCUUGUUAGCAGUAUUUCCGAAAAGUACAGCGAUGUGUACUAUAGCUUGAAACCAAGAGUCACACGCACAUUGCUCAAGGGUUUUAUGGACGUAAACCGCUCAGUACCUUCCUGGUACGGCUCCAUUGUGGGAAUUCGUGGGCUGGGCCCCGAGGUCGUGCGGGUCGUCAUUGUGGGCAACCUCAAAGCUUGGUACCACGGCAUUCUGCCCAGGAUCCCGUCGCUGGCCGACCAGAAACUGCUCACAAUGGCCAUCAUUGAUGCCCUGCGGACUCUCAAGAAACAAGUCCCCACGUUGCUUGCGAGUGAAGACGUGGACGGGUCUCCAAUUAUUGUACCUCUUUCAGAGGAGGAAAAAACUCAAUUGAAGAAUCUAGUAGGAGAAAAGUUUUACCAAAUCUUGAUGAUGGAAAAGGAUGCCGAGGAGAUUGCUCGAGGAUUAUUGAUUUAA